AUGGAAUACGAACGUAGCUUUGAGGCGGUUCGCCGCAACUCGCGUCCCCCAGCUCCUGGGCAGCAGCCCUGUGAUCAAGAUGGGCCAACGCCCGACAUGGAAGCUGAUGAGUUUCUGCGCCGGGCCUCGGAUGCGAAGACGUCACAGUGUGCACUAUCAGUUCCAACACCGUCACGACGAAGAGACUUUGGCCGGGGGAGCGAGGAGACGAUGGUUGAUGUGCAAACAAACGCAGCCCACGUAGAAGAUCAACGAGACCAGGUGCAAGCUUCACAGCUAGAUGCAGAAGCAGCACACAUCGAUGCCGAGGCUGCUGCAAUGCUGGCGAGGGCAGCAAAGCUGAGGCGGCCGCUUUACGUGCCGGAAUAG